AUGGCCACAAGAAGAGCAGCGCUCGCCGUGGUACUGGCGCUGGCGCUGUGCGCCGUCGGCAUUGGCGCGUCGCCGGCCGUGUCGAGGGGGGCAGGGUGCCGGAAGCACGUGAAGAGGAUCACGGACUACGGGGCGGUCGGGGACGGGAAGACGCUCAACACGGCGGCGUUCGCCAGGGCGGUGGCGGACCUGUCCCGGUGCGCGGGCGACGGCGGCGCGGCGCUGGUGGUGCCGGCGGGGAGGUGGCUCACGGGGCCCUUCAACCUCACCAGCCACUUCACCCUCUACCUCCGCCACGGCGCCGAGAUCCUCGCCUCCCAGGACCUCAACGAUUGGCCUCUGAUAGCUCCCCUGCCGUCCUACGGGAGAGGAAGGGACGAGCCUGGCCCAAGAUACAGCAACUUCAUCGGCGGAUCAAACCUCACCGACGUCAUCAUCUCCGGUCAAAACGGAACGAUCAACGGGCAGGGGCAGGUGUGGUGGGACAAGUACCGCGCCAAGCAGCUCACCUACACGCGCGGCUACCUGCUCGAGCUCCUAUACUCUCGCGACAUCAUCAUCUCCAACGUCACCUUCGUCGACGCGCCCUCAUGGAACCUCCACCCCACCUACUGCAACAACGUGACCAUCAGCGGCGUCACGAUUCUCGCGCCGAUCCACUCGGCUAACACCGACGGGAUCGACCCAGAUUCUUCCUCCCACGUCAAGAUCGAGGACUGCUACAUCGUCUCCGGCGACGACUGCAUCGCCGUGAAGAGCGGCUGGGACGAGUACGGCAUCAAGUUCAACAUGCCGAGCCAGCACAUCGUCGUCAGGCGGCUCACCUGCAUCUCCCCCACGAGCGCCAUGAUCGCGCUCGGCAGCGAGAUGUCCGGCGGAAUCCAGGACAUACGCGUCGAGGACAGCAUCGCCAUCAACACCGAGUCGGCCGUCAGGAUCAAGUCUGGCGUGGGGAGGGGCGGCUUCGUCAGGGACGUCUUCGUGCGCAACAUCAGACUCCACACCAUGAAGUGGGUCUUCUGGAUGACUGGCAACUACGGCCAGCACCCCGACAACUCUUCCGACCCCAAGGCCCUGCCCGUGGUCACCGGCAUCAACUACAUCGACGUGUUAGCCGAGAAUGUGACGAUGGCUGGCAGGAUGGAGGGCAUCCCGAAUGACCCCUACACCGGGAUAUGCAUGUCCAAUAUCACCGCCCACCUUGCGCCCAAGGCCAAGAAGCUGCAAUGGAACUGCACCGACGUCCAGGGAGUGGCAUCUGCUGUCUGGCCGAAGCCAUGCCCGCAGCUUGGCGCUGUGGGCAAGCCCUGCACAUUCCCGGAGGACGAGCUCGUCAUUGGUCCGCCGGAGUUGCCCAAAUGUACCUACUGAUAUGUGUGGUAGGUUAUAGCCAUCAGGGUUAGAACCAAAGAGAUGAUGUACUUCCUGUCUUAGUAUAGUCUUACAGUCUGAAAAGUGCUGCAGAAUAAACAUA